AUGACGACGAACAACGCCGGGUGGAAUCGAGGAUGGUUCUACCUUCGGAACUACAAGGGCGCACUCCCGGCGUUCACUAACAGGGUUCUUCGGGAGCGACCGCCAAAGUGGGACUGGAGGGUGUCGUCCCCGUCGCAACAAGCCAGGCCUGAGGGCCUCACCGACGCGCUGAUGAAAAGGCGGAAGGAUGCGACGGAGGCAAAGGCCGAGAGGAAGAGGAAGAGAAAGGCGAAGCAUGACAAGGAGUGCAAGCUUGCACGUGUGGAGUGUAAAGCAUGGCCCUCCACGCCCGAGUUCUCGGAGGAGGAGGAGGAGGCCUCGGAUGCCGAGGACCACGCUCUGAGGAGCGACAGGGAAGCCGUGGGCGCGAGCCCCCCGCCGUUCUACCUAUGGGAUGACGAUGAGGGGGAGCCGGUGGCGCCGGAGGUGAUGAGGGCCAUAGCAGAGUCCUCGGCGCACCCAUCCCUCGAGGGGGCUAAGCGGGGGUCGUCGCCUCUGGCGGCCGUUGAGGAGACGCCUGCACCCCAGGUGCUGAAGAAAAACAUUGACAAGAAAAUGGCAGAGAUUGCUGUUCUUCUAGCUGUAAGAAAGAUAAGCAUUGCUGUGGCAGGAGAAAUGCUAAACCUUGCAAAGCCCUUGCUUGUGAAGAAACCUGAUUUAGUCACAUCACUUCCUACUAACAUGGAGUUGAUAAAGGAGGAACUUGAGAUGAUAAAUGUAUUUCUCAAGAAAACAAGUGCCAGGGGGUGCAGCAAUACAGUCUUGGACACUUGGAUUAUCCAAGUUAGGAGGCUGUCAUUUGACAUAGAAGACAUUGUUGAUCAGUACAUAUAUGCAAUUGGUGAACAAAGGAGGAUGGGAUCCUGGAGUAUGAGGAAAAUUCUCAACAGGCCACAGGUCUUGCUUUCUUUGGACAGGAUUGCCAUUGAGGUUGAUAAGAUAAGGGAGAAGGUUAGGGAAUUGUCAUGCAGGAGAGACCGAUGGAUACAGCCUAUACCUGGAGGACUUGACAUCGAGAUGCCAGAAAAUAGUAAUAAGCAAGAAGUGCAUAUAUUGAGAAACAGUCAGCCAAACAAUGUGGACAUGCUUGUAGGAAUUGAUAAACAAAGAGAAAACCUGACUAAGUUGUUGUACGCAGAAAAAGGAUCUCCACGAGUUAUUACAAUUUUGGGCAUGGGUGGCUUGGGCAAAAGUACCCUUGUCCACCAUGUUUACAAGAGAGAAGGGUCCCAUUUUGAUUGCCGGGCAUGGGUUUCAGUGUCACAAUUGUGUAGCAUUGAUAAUAUCUUGAGAAACAUGUUUAAAGAACUCUAUGUGACUGACGAGAAAAAGGAGUCUGAUGUUGCAAAGAUGAGCAUUGAGGAGAUAAGAGUGGAUUUGAAACAAAUUCUGAAUAAAAAGCGGUGCAUAAUCAUACUGGAUGAUGUGUGGAGAGCUUCAAUUCUGUUGGAGAUUGGUGAACUAUUUUUUAGAUGUAGUGGCAAGAGGAGCAUCCUAGUAGUCGCAACAAGAAUUGACGAAGUGGCUUCAAUUGCUGAAGACGAUUGCAAGAUCACGCUAGAGCCUCUGAAUGAGCAUGAUGCAUGGGUUCUAUUUUGCAGGAAGGUGUUUUGGAAAACCGAAAAUUCUAUUGUUUCCCAAGAACUGCAGAAGUGGGGUCAGAAGAUCGUGAAGAAAUGUGAAGGUUUGCCGUUAGCUAUUGUUGCAAUAGGGAGCCUGUUGUCACUCAGGGAUAAAAGUGAAACGGAAUGGAAGUGUUUCUACCGUCAACUGAUAUGGGAGUUACAGAACAACCCAGAUCUAAACCAUGUGGAGUGGAUUUUAAACUUAAGUUACAAGCACCUACCAAAUUAUUUGAAAAAUUGUUUCUUAUAUUGUGCUAUGUUCCCAGAAGACUAUCUCCUUCGUAGGAAGAAGCUGAUCAGAUUGUGGAUUGCAGAAGGGUUUAUUGAACAGAGAGGAUCAAUGAGCAUGGAAGAGGUUGCAGAAAGUUAUCUCGUUGAACUUGUCCAUCGGAGCAUGCUUCAAGUCACAGAAAGGAACAGUUUUGGCAGGAUUCGACGUUUCCGUAUGCAUGAUCUUGUACGUGAACUAGCAAUUAAGCUGUCUGAAAAGGAGAGUUUUAACUCAACUUAUGAUGACACACCUGGGGUUAUAGAGGAUGUAUCAGACUCUCGCAGAGUUUCAGUGCUUCGCUGCAAUAAAGAUCUCAAACUAAACAUAGAUCCUUGUAGGCUAAGAACAUUUUUACUAUUUGACACAACCAUGCUAUAUUCUUCAUGGUCUUCAUUGGUUCCAUCUAAAUCUAAGUAUCUUGCAGUGCUAGAUUUGUCAGGCCUGCCUAUUGAGACUAUUCCUCAUUCGAUUGGAGAAUUGUUUAAUCUUAAAUAUUUGUGCCUCAAUGACACCAACUUGAAGUCGCUUCCAAAAAGUGUCACCAGACUCCAUAAUUUACAAACACUAAGCCUUGAAAGGACUCAGUUGUCGAGUUUUCCUCGUGGGUUUGCAAAAUUGAAGAAACUGCGGCACAUACUUGUCUGGAAGUUGCUUCACACAGGAAGCUCAAGUUUCAAUCACUCAAUAGGUGUGGGAUCAGCCAAUGAUAACCUUUGGGAUCUAACAGAAUUACAAACUCUAGAUGAAGUCCGAGCCAGUGAACGAUUUAUCAGCAAUCUAGAAAAUUUGGUGCAGCUAAGGAGUCUUUACAUCUCAGAUGUAAGAAGCAAGUACUGCUCACAACUUUGUACUUUAUCGAAGCUGCAACACCUCCUGAGAUUAAAUGUCAAAGCAUGCAACCAGGAUGAGGUGCUAAUGCUAGAGGCCUUGACAUUGCCACCGGAACUUCAGACGCUUCAAUUGACAGGUCGACUGGCAGAAGGAGUUCUGAAAUCUCCAAUGUUCUCGGCUCCUGGCAACACUCUUGUCAGAUUAAGUUUAUGUGGGUGCCAUCUUACAGAAAAUCCAAUUCCAUACCUCUCUAAGCUAUCGAAUUUAACAAGCUUGCAAGUUAAAGGGGCAUACGAUGGGCAAGAACUGGGAUUCCAUGAUGGUUGGUUCCCAAAGUUGAAGGGGAUGUCCUUGACAGACAUGGAACACAUUACUCGAAUUUACAUAGAAAAAGGAGCAUUGAUCUGUCUUGAGUAUCUUAAACUUGAUGGUCUCAAAGAGCUAGUCAGUGUUCCGGAUGUUCCAGUGAAAGAUCGACAAGUUAAACCCAGGAGGAACCCCAUCGUAAAAUAUUAG